ACAUAAUUAGAAUUUAAAAAGCAGAGCUGAUGCACAGAUUGAUGUGAUGUGGUCAGUCAUGCAGAUUUGGUUGCCAUUGGUCAGAUGACGUUAAGCAUUCUGAUACUUGGUCUGAUACAGAAGGGAUGAUGUGAAUUCUGUGUGCAAAUCCAUAACUGAUCAUGAUCCUAAAGACCAUAUUGGGAUUUGGUGAAGUUUCGCAGACAGUGGAAAAUGAAAUGUGUCAUUGACAUUGCUGACCACAAUGACCACCAACUCAUCUUAUAAUGCUGCUCACUUCGAGCGAAGUUUGUCCACGUCAGUUGUUGAUCACACCACAAGCAAAUUCCUCUCAGAAGACGGAAGAAAAGACCAAAAUGGAAACGAAGCUUCAUCCAAGGAAUGUGUUACAGAUCAGAGUGGGCAGGAACAAAGUGUGAAGGAGAUCAGCUGUCAGCUCAGAAAUGGCCAUGCUGAAAAUGGUGUUAAUUUUUCAGAGAAAAUUGCAGCAUUGAAAGUGGAAAGCAAUGGCCUCAGCACUGUGUCAGAGGAAGAGAGGAGAGAGAAGAAGAAAGGGGGUCUCAUGGGGAAACCUCCACUGCCCAAAACUAAGCAGAAUGCUGGUGCAGGGAAACAGUCGUGGUUAUUACGAUUGUUUGAGUCCAAGAUGUUUGACAUGUCCAUAGCUAUAUCAUAUCUGUUUAAUUCUAAGGAACCUGGAGUUCAGACAUACUUAGGAAACAGGCUGUUCAGCUUUCCUGAAGAAGAAGUGGAUUUUUAUUUACCACAGUUGCUGAAUAUGUACAUUCACAUGCAUGAUGUUGCUGAGGCCAUUCAUCCAUAUAUCGUUUAUAGGUGCAGACAAAGUGUGGAGUUUUCUCUUCAAACUGCCUGGAUUCUCAGUGCCUUUUCGGCAGAUGUGUUAAAGCCAAACUGGAAAAAUUCUCAAGGAAUCAAAUUAAAGAACAUGAUUCUGAAUGAAGAACUAAGGCCUAAGAUAGAUAAGAAGGCUGGUAAUCUGCCGAGCCCCACUCAGCCGUCUGCAUUCUACCCACUACUAGCCACCACUCCCUCAAAGAAAACGCACUGUCGAUCCAAGUCAGAUGCAACAGGUAUAUAUACUAAAAUGGCACACAGUCAAACGACAGGGAACCUCCAAAAGUCAAAUACUGGCGAUUUGUCAUCAGGACGAGCUUUUGACAGUGGCUGUAUAUGUGUGCAAUCUUCAGAAGGCAUUGUCAAUGAUCUCACUGGAAAAGAAACGGUCUGCCAUUGUGGGGCACCGAGAUUAAAACCGGAGGUGGAAUUUGUGAAUGCUUUGAUGAACAUUGGCACUCGCCUACAACAACUUCCCACCAAAGAGCUGAGAACAUCUAGAUUAAUAGCGGAACUCGCCAUGUUAAACCUGAACUUACCGGCUAGAGUUUGGCUGCCGUUCGAUACAAACAGUCAUCAUCACAUCGUGAGAAUUCCUCACACACAAGCCAUUGUCCUUAAUUCUAAAGAAAAGGCGCCAUAUUUACUGUAUGUGGAGGUUUUGGAGGUAGAGAAUGUUUAUUCUAGUCAUGUUCCAAGCAAACGGCUGGAUAACACGCUCCGUUUCACCAAGUCAGAGGAGGAUCUAACAACUUGUUAUGUCCGGAGCAAUGGAUCUCCUCACCCCGAAUUCAGCAUAUAUGGAGGGACAGAGUUUGAUGACGCAGAAUGCUGGUCUCAAGAAGAUGAUGAGAUAUUACAGUUUGCUGUAAAGACAAGAGCAGUGGAUACAUUGUCCCAGUUUUCUGUGGAUAGUACCACCAGUGCUGACAGCAAGGAACCAGUUUACAUCGCAGCAGGAGACAUCAGGAAGAGGCUGUCGGAGCAUUUCACUGCCCCAAAAAGUAACUUUGAGCGUGAUCCAGAUGAUCCCUCAGCCGCUGCUCUGAAGGAACCCUGGGAAGAGAAAGUGAAGAGGAUCCGGGACGCUUCUCCGUAUGGACAGUUACCAAACUGGAAAUUAUUGUCAGUCAUCAUAAAGUGUGGAGAUGAUUUGAGACAGGAACUACUGGUGUAUCAAGUCCUCAAAAUUCUAAAGUCCAUAUGGACCCAAGAACAUGUUCCAUUGUGGAUAGAGCCUUACCACAUUCUAGUCACCUCCAACAUGAGUGGCAUGAUUGAGCCUGUGGAUAAUACGGUGUCUAUCCACCAAAUUAAAAAACACAGCAAGAAGUCCCUGAAGGAGUACUUUAUCCAGGAGUUUGGAGACGUCAACAGUGAGGGUUUUCUGACAGCCCAGAGGAACUUCGUACAGAGCUGUGCUGGUUACUGUCUAGUGUGCUACCUAAUGCAGGUUAAAGACAGGCAUAAUGGUAACAUUUUGUUAGACAGUGCUGGACAUAUUAUUCACAUUGACUUUGGAUUCAUUUUGUCAACUUCACCUGGGAAAAAUCUGGGCUUUGAAAACUCACCUUUUAAACUCACACAUGAAUUUGCUGAGGUUAUGGGAGGACUGGAGAGCGAUAUGUUUGAAUAUUUCAAGAUUUUGAUUUUACAAGGAUUAGUGGCGUCAAGAAAGCAUAUGGACAAAAUCAUACCAAUAGUUGAGAUUAUGCAAACAGGUUCAGGAUUGCCAUGUUUUGGGAAUGGAGUGAACACUAUUCGCCAGCUUAAGGAGCGAUUCCACUUGAACCUGACAGAGGAGCAACUACAGUUGUACGUGGAUCAGCUGGUGGAGUCGAGUCUGAACUCACUGACUACGUCUCUGUAUGAUAAGUUUCAGUACUUCACCAAUGGUAUUCUCUGAGCUACAAGCAGAAAGAAACAGAUGUGUGUGCUGGAGCGGGGAGGGGUAGCAGGAGUGAACAGAGAAAAUUUGGAUUAGGAAAAGCUGAACAGAUGAAAUGGGGACUAGUCCGUUUUGUCAAACCCCUAUAGCAUGUAAUAAUACAUGUGUAAAGGUCAUCUUACACGCAUGUGUUUCCUGAUGGCUGAAUCUGAAUAUCAUGAUGAAAAUUCAAGAAAGUUAUGUUAAUUUACAUCAUUUCUGAGAAAAUGUACAAGAAUGUAUACCAUGUGUUUGGAAGUCAUAUUUUCAUUGUCAACAAAGGUGAUAUAUUUCUUGGUAUAUAAGAUAUUUCUGACUUUUUCUGUUAAAACACAGAAUGAUUGUAAUUUUUUUCAACAAUGUAAUUAAUGUAUCAGGUACUUAGUAUUUUAUUUAUUAUGAUACAUGUCCUGGUGCUGAUAUAUAUUUCAUUCAGUGCUGCAUGUUGUAUGUAAUAUCAGAAAACAUUAAGUUUGUGUCUAAUUUGACAGAUAGUAAUCUUAAAAGAGGCACAUUUGAUAAAACUUUUGACAGAAAAGAAAUGUUUUCCUUCCUUUAAAAGAUGAAUUGUAAAGUUUAUGUAUCAUUAAUAUAACACAGAUAAAAUACCUUAAUAUAUAUAUAGUUUUUAUAAGAUUUUAUUCAGUUUAAUGUGCCAUAUUUUGUACAUAUUAAGUGCAUAUUUAUAAGGAAUUGAAGAUGAUUAUUUAUUUAUGUGAUGCAUGCUAACCUGGUCUGCACAUGUACCAAUGCUGGGAACUUCAUAUUGUACAGGUAGCUUCCAAGAAUUAAACAGUGAACAGUUUGAAAACAUGUUAGUUAAUUGAUAAAUUGAAAUAGGGGUUUUACAUUAUAAAGAGGAAAGGCACUACAUGCUGAUGUCAACAGUAAUGAUACAGGGUCAGUAUACAGUCUGAAGAAUUAAUGGUAUUCAGUCUGUUAACGGUACUUAGAUUUCCACAUUUAAGAUUCUUAUCUGUCUAGACGCUUGUUACGUCAACUGUGUGAAAGGAACAUUAAAAUGUUGUGGUCCAGUAUUACAAUUAUUUCAUUAUUGGAUGAUGGAGCAAAAUUCAAUGCAAUUUUUAUCUGCUUUCAUUGGUAGUUGUUUGUGUAUGUGUGUUUGUAAUUAGUGAUAUCUGUUUCUGAAUGAACCAUACCACCUUUUUCCUGUUUGUGUGUCAGUGGUUUUGUUUGAUGGGCAUUUUUAUUGAAACAAUCUUUAAAUUCAUUAAUGAUUUGAUGUUGUACAUCUGAACUUUAGAUACCAAUGAAAUACACAUUGCACAUUUUGCGAGUGUAUAAUGGUUGCAUAGUACAAGAGUUGUUUAUUUCUUCAUAAUACAUGUAUUUCAAUGAACAAUGCAAUUUUAUGUACAGCAUGGACAUCAAUAUUCAUUUUUUUUCUUCAAGAGAACGUUCACAGCAGUGUUUAGUAUUGAUUGCAUAUCCUAGUCAGUUCAAUAACUCGUUGUACAAAGUGUACAUUUCAGUUUGCAGGUCAUCAGAACUUUUGAUAUACUGUUCUUCAUACGUGUAUAUACAAUCAUUCUAGUUUGUCAUCUUGUCCCUUGUACAUUGUGACAUAACUAAUGGCAAUCUUCAACUUUCAGCUCUGUAAAUGUUUGGGUUUUCAAGUUUUGCUUUUUUCCUCUAGGCCCCAAGACCAUAAACUGAGAACAGACGUCUGUGAUAACUUAUAUCUUAAGAUUUAUCUAGCACAGAUGUUUAAAAAACUGCAGGUGUUUUUUUUUUAAAAUUCAAAUGCAAACAAAUACUGAAAAUUUUAUUUGUUUAUGAAAACUAUUUCAAAAGAUAUUUUGAUUUGAAAUUAAGACUUAGAUUAUUCUCAGUUUAUGGUCUUGAGGCCUGGACUCAUCUCUGACAGAAAGAGUUCAGUUAGUAAAUAGAGAAUUUAUAUAUGUACCAUCAGAAUAGGAUGUCAUUAUCAGAAUUUAAAUAGCAAAUUUGUUAAGUGCACUUCAGAUGUAUAGCAAAAAUUAUUUUCCAAAAUUAUAUUUGUUUCAUUUGCACAUGUCAAAUUUUUUGAGAUUUAUACUGGUUUAAAAUUUGUAUAUUGUGCUGAAAUUUUCCCCACUGCAGAAAUGUGUAGGCCAAGAUUUGAAUACAUAUACUAAUACAUGUUUAGUACACAUGAAAAAUUACCAGCCUUUUGCACUGAACAAACUUCAUUGAUUUUGUGAUAUGUCACAAAGAUGUUUGUAUUAAAAUAUGAAUAGAGCAAAA